AUAGGUUCAUCGGGUCACUAUACGCACGCCUACUCCACGACUAUCUUACUCCCAUUUCUCAAUCAAAUAAACAUCAUAUUAUCUUUUAAAAGUGACAUUCGGAUGUGUUAAUUGGCACAGGGACGCAAAUGGAUUACGCAUAUCGUGUGUUCAAAAAUGUCAAAUAUUUUUACAAUUCAAUUAAUCCUGCCACACUUUCAGGAGCAAUCGAUGUGGUUGUCGUAGAGCAACCAAAUGGAGAAUACAAAUCAACACCAUUCCAUGUUCGUUUUGGAAAGUAUGGAGUCUUCAGUUACAGUGAUAAAUAUGUGGAUAUCGCUGUCAAUGGUGUAGAAAUCGAUUUGAAAAUGAAGUUGGCUGACAGUGGUGUCGCGUUUUUUGUUGAAGAGGCCGACGAUCAAGUACCAGACUACCUUCUGACUUCUCCACUGCCCGAGCAAGAGACCCCACAGACUGCAGGACCUGCGGUGGACAAAGUGUUGGCAGAGAGUGCACGAAAGUUGGAAGAAACGCAGAAUGAAAAUGAAGAUGUCGAUAUGAAUGAUAUUGCGAAAAGCAGAUCGUCAAGUCCAGACGGAGGACAAGGAAAUGCGAGAGAGCCGAAACAAGAGCAAUCACUGAGUCAAGUUCAAAGAAAGCAGACACUUCCAUUCUCGUCAUCUGUUUUCAGUGAUCGUCGCUACCGAUCACUCCCAGAUCUUACAGUUCUCGCUGCUGAGACCGAGGUGGAGAGAACAGAUAUCAAGAAGAGUGACGGAAAGAGGACACGGAAGACUCCACGGCCAUUUGUCCACUCUCAUUCACAGUGCUCUCCAAUGGAAAAGAAACAUUUUCACAAGUCAAAUGAUGAGAUUCUACGUAGUUUAAGACGGGAAACACACGAUAUGGAUCGUCGGAUUCCACUUCGAAAGAAGAGUCGUGUCACAUUUAAUCAACAAGCAACUCGUCCAAUUGACAUUAAAAUUCAACAAUAUAAUGAUUCGGAUUCGGAGUUAGAUUCUUCUGUAAAUUCAUCACCAUCCCCAUCGUUGGUUGAUCAAAGAGAGGCUGAUCGAAUUGCCGAUGGUGCUCUUUCCGAUUCGGAAGUUGAUCGUCAACGGGAUCGCAAUGCCACACCAGAACCACACGAUGUUACUGACUGGAAAUGGGGAGAACUUCCGGAGACAAGAGAACAAAAUAAAAGAAAAAAACAAGACGAGGAUGCUGAAAAGUCGACAUCACGAUGGAGUAGCUGGUUCUGGAGAUCAUCGACAUCGACUGCCGAUGAAGAGCAGAAGGAAAAGGAGAAAUUGGAACAAGAAGAGCAGGGAAUUUCUCUCGACGAGCUUCUCAAUUCUUCAUCGAAUCCAGUUGAAAUUGAGAAAUAUCUUGGAAAACCGCCGAGUGUAACUUCCAUCGACAGUGGGCAUGUUUCACGUGGUGUUUCCCAGCCAUCGUCUCCAAUUUCUAAUCAUGAUGACUACACACCAACUACAACACCUCCAAAUGAUAAGACACCAACAAGAGAAAGUGUUCGAUUUGGAGCUGGAAAUGAUAUUCCAAGUUCGACAUCUGCCACCAAUGGAGUUCGUUCUCGUGCAUCUUCCGAUGAAAUUUUCCCACUCAGUGAAGACGAAUUGGACGAUAACUUCCGUCCACAGUACAUGCAAUCACUUCGUCUUUCUUCUGAAAAACUGAAAUCAUUGGGUCUCGUGUUCGGUGCAAACGAGCUCCGUUUCUCAAUUACCACAAAAUUCCAAGGAACAACAUGGUGCAGUUGUAACAUUUAUCUUUACAAGUGGUAUGAGCAGAUUGUUGUCUCUGAUAUCGAUGGAACCAUCACAAAAUCCGAUGUUCUUGGACACGUGAUCCCAGCAAUCGGAGGAACGUGGGCUCAUACUGGAGUCGCUGAACUGUAUACUCGUAUCAAAAAUAAUGGAUAUAAGAUGGUUUACUUGUCGUCCCGUGCAAUCGGGCAAAGUCAUACUACUAAGCAGUACUUGAAAAGUGUGGCUCAAGAUUCGAAGCAGUUGCCUGAUGGACCCGUGUUGCUGUCACCUACAAGCAUUAUAACGGCUUUCAGAAGAGAAGUCAUCGAACGUCGUCCUGAAGAGUUCAAAAUCGCUGCUCUCACGGAUUUGAAGCAGUUAUUCCCCAGUGGCAAUCCGUUCUACGCUGGCUUCGGAAAUCGUAUCACUGACGUGGUUUCUUACGAAGCUGUCGCCGUUCCAGCUGCUAGAAUUCUGAUAAUUGAUCCAAGCGGCAAAGUGAAGAGAUCAGAUUCAUCAGGAUUAGCGUUGAGCUACAAGUCAAUGGCCAGUGAUACGGUGGACUAUAUGUUCCCUCCACUCUCCGUUCAUGUGAAAGGUGAUGCACGAAAAACUGAACGUCUCACGUCUACAUGGAGCAAGCCCUUGGAGCACAGCAACUUCACACAUUGGCACAUGACACCAAAGGAUGUACACGAUGAUGAGCUCCUAGAAUAUGAAGCUCAGAGAAAAAAAUUGAUUGCAGAACAGAAAGCAAAGAAGUAGAAGAUCCCUUUUUGAUGCCAGCAACAAUCACAUUCCCUUACUGUAUUCCACAAAAAUCAUUUUUGGAGAUCUCUAUGAUGACCCCCACUAAAAUUAUAAUAUCUCUUUUCAGUUCUUUUUAUUUUUUUGCUUUCCAUUGGAAUUACCAAAGUCUCAUUGCUCAACCUAGUCAAUUUUAUAUGUUUCCUUUGUUAAGUAUCUAAACACCCGAUAUUCUCAUUUCUUCCCAUUCUCCUACAAAACUCGGUUUUUUUUUCCAAAAACUCCCUUUGUUUUCUCGUUCUUUUUUUUGCUCGUUUUUUUUGUUAUCAGAGUUCAAUGCAUUUAUUAUAUUCGCUUUCUCUACCGCACCGCCUUCAACCUUUUUUUAUUAUAAUUAUUAAUGUUUUUUUCCCUGAUUUUUUGUUUCGACUCUCAAAAUAUGUACAUUGCAGUUGAAUGCUUGUACAUACAGUUUUGUUGCACCAAUUUUCUCAUCUCACACAAUGUAUAUGUUUUGGUCGUGAAUAUGAAAUUUGGUAAUUAAAAAGUUUUAUAAAUCUUAACAGUU